GUUGUUAUAGAAUCAAUACAUGGUUGGUAAAGUUAUGUUUAUACAAAACAGUUUUCCUUAGAUAACCAACUUUGAAAGUGAACCUCAAAAUCAUGCGUAUAAGUGUUUUUAAAUUUGCACAUUAUAUUAGUUUCAUUUAUAUUUAUAAGUUCUUUUAAAAUAUGAGUGCGGUAAAGCUAAAUGGUGACCACAAGUCUAAUGGUCCCGAAAGUAAGACCCCAUUUUUAAUCGGUGUUGCAGGAGGAACAGCUAGUGGAAAGAGUACAGUAUGCAAGAGAAUAAUGGAAAAACUUGGUCAAGUAGAAAUGGAUCAAAAACAGAGACAAGUAGUUUGUAUAUCCCAAGAUAGUUUUUAUAGAGAAUUAAGUCCUUCGGAAAUCAUUAAAGCUGAAAAAGGCCAGUUCAAUUUUGACCAUCCUGACGCCUUUAACGAAUCUCUUAUUUAUGAUACUUUGGUUGAUAUAUUGGCUGGUAAGAUGAUUCAGAUACCCACAUAUGAUUAUAGGAAUCACUCGCUGAGCAAAGAUGAGAUUCUGACAAUAUAUCCUGCAGAUGUAGUUUUAUUUGAAGGAAUAUUAGUAUUUUAUUUCCCAGAAGUUAGGAAGUUGUUCCAUAUGAAGCUUUUUGUUGAUACAGAUUCAGAUACUCGACUAGCUAGAAGAGUUCCUCGAGAUAUUAAUGAAAGAGGACGUGAUUUGGAUCAGGUUUUAAAUCAAUACAUGAAUUUUGUCAAGCCAGCAUUUGAGGAAUUUUGCUCACCAACCAAAAAAUUUGCAGAUGUUAUUAUACCUAGAGGAGCAGAUAAUAGUGUGGCUAUUGACCUGAUAGUUCACCACAUCAGAGACAUUUUGCAAGGAAACCAUCGACCAAAUACAAACGGUUUUCGCCCAGGGACCGUCUCUCCUGACUGCCUAUAGAAGCAUUUUAUAUUAAUUUCCCUAUUGCUCAUUUUAUACGUUCUCUAUCAGUGACAUUUUUUAAUUAACAUAAUUAUAUACAAAACUUCCAUUUAUGCUAACUUUUGGACAUUAUAUAAUUGUCGAUAUGUCGAUAAGGUUAGUUCUAUUUAUUAAGAAAACUCUCGAAUAUAUUUGUAAAACAAAAAACAACUUAACAGGUAUUUAAAAACAAAAUUACUGCGAUUAAAACAUAUUAUGGAAAUAAUACCAAAUUCGUUGAUCAAAAUAAGUCUGUGCAUUUCUAAUAGUGCAACGAGUUAAAGAAAUUUAAAUAACAUGAAAAUGUAACAUAUUGAAUGAAAUAAUGGUAUUAUUAAUAAAAUACUCUACAUCAGAAUCGAAAUAUAGAAAAAAGAAUAUUUCGCGAAUAGGACAAUAUUUUGUUGAUAUUUUAGAUAUAAGCUCAUUUUUCUUUUUAUUUGCUCCCGUAGCUGAAUUUUCCAGUAUUUGUUGGAUAUGUCUGCAUUAAUAUAAAGCCACAUUCCAAAGGGUAGAAAAAGGCAAGUGUUUGUGAUUGAAGGUCGCUACCUUCCACUGUUAGCUGUGGUUCGACUAAGUGUCUUUUUUAUUUAUCUUGACAACAGUAGCAGCGUUAGUUUUAUAGACCUAAAUAAGAAAACCUCAUACAUUUUGGGUAUAUUUGUUGUCCAUGACCAUUUAAUGUUUGGACAUAAACUGCGCAGUUACCAUAAUGAGUUUUUCCAUAAUGAGUGUUCAUUUUUACGAUGACAAAAUAACGUAUCAAAUAUAUGUGUAGUAACUUAUGCAGUUCCAAAUCGUGAGUUCAGACUGAAUUAUGUCAAUAAAAAUGUAAGGAUUGAAAGAUUCAAUCUAUUAACUGUGUAAAUAAAGCAUGAUGCAAAUUACAGUCAAGCGUUUAUGCUUAAUUACUUCCACAAUACGCCGCUACAUUUAUUUUUUUAUUUGAUCUUUAUCAAGGCUUUAAAUAUACGGUACAUAACUCAAACGUUAAUGAAGAUAAACAUCAACGUUUGAGUUAUAAUGUACAGCAUCCAUCUCCAGCACAAUGGCGUCUUUUAUUAUUGGGGAUAUUGGUUAGCAAAUGGUCAAGUCAAUCGUAUCUCAGAUUAUUCGAAACUCUAUUAAGUGUUGAACUGGAUUUCGCAGCUUCCUGUCUUCCGAUUCCUUUGGGUGCAACAUCAAAUGCAGCUAGAUAAUUUUGUAAAACUUCUUGUCGAAACGCCAAUUGAAUCAGCGGUGUUAAAUGUUUGCACUGUUUUGAAAAGCACCAAGCGUUUACUAGCGCAACAUCAAGGAGCCAGGAGAAAAUUGUCCACCACCACUUCUUUUGUGGUAUCGUUGUACCUGGAUAUAUGCUGAUCAAUCAGAUCAGUUCCACCCAUGUAUAGAUUGUAUUCAGAAAUCAGUCUAAGCUGUGGUACUUGAACGAAUUUUUUUUCUCAGCCUCAGAAUAACGUUUCACCAGAACAGUUGGUUCCCAUGAUAUAUGGACGCCACGCUAGCCACGUUAUUGUCCAUCUAGUUUACUAAAAUAAUUCCAUCCUCCUUAUUGAUAUUGUAAAAUAUAUCACCCGUUUAUUGGUUUUAGCAAUCUGACUCAUUUGUGGCAGUGUACAGCUUUUAGGAAUUCUGUUUUCUCGCAUCGUUCAUUUUUUUUUGUAAGAUUGUGGAGUUUGAAAGAGAAACUUCUUCAAGUGAUGCGGAAGCUCAUCUAUCAUGCACAUGAAUGGAGCAACACACUUUCCAAAAUUAUUUUCAUAGAUCGUGUUUGCUUUUGGAUUCUUUCCCUGAAUUCCAGCAUCAUAUCUUGUACCCAAAUCUUAUAGGUAAGCGUCUUAUGAACUGUUUACAUGAAUGUUUUCUAUAAUAUCUAAUCAUAGUCUCAUCAUAAUCCAGUUCUUGUUCGGAAAUUUCAUUAUCGAUAAACUUAGAUCUUAGGAAAUUCAUAAGGGGUCGUAGCUUCCACAAUUUAUUUUCAGGAUUAGGCUUCAAAUUAUCAGCACAGUGCAUGUAUUUAAUAUUCUGACGAAAUCUGUCCCUUCUCGUGGAAUGACUGACCAUGGAGGUUUUCAUAUCUCCAAUGGAAUCCCAAUAGAAAUCAUUUCCUCUUUGGAAAUGUUUAUGUUAGGUUGGCUACAGAACAAGGCAUAUUUGUUGGAUUCUUGAACAAGCAGUCCGAUAACUUCUUCAUUUAAUAAGUUUUCAAAUACUCCCACAUAAUUUUUGUUCUUAAAUUUGUUACAAUCAGCUACAGGAAAAAUUUCAAAGUCACCGUUUAUCCAUGUUAUAUUUUCUAGUCCCGAACGAGGAAAAACUUCAUUUUCAUCAGUUACAGUAGAUGCAAGCACUAACUCAACAUUUGGCAAUCAUUUUCGUCCGCUAAGGUUAUCCAGUAAUCCACUAUCAUCCUCUUCGCCCGAAUCUUCGUCUGUCAAAAUAUUUGAAUCGGGAGGUUCAAUAUAAAUUUCGUGAAUAUUAAUAUCAUCAUAGGCUAACUGAAUUGCCUCUUCCAAAGUCAAUCCAAGUCUAAAAGAAAAGAAAUAUAAGAUUUUCAAUAUUUUCUACAGUAGAGUCUCAAUUAUCCGACCUAAACCGGCUGCACCAAGGUUGGAUAAGUGAAAAGGUCGGAUAACACGGAAAAUGGUAAUAACGACGUUAAAUAUUAGUUAAUUUUAUCGAACAUCGAAAACUUUUCAAAUACAUAGCUGAAUUAAAACAUAACUGAAUUAACCAAACUCAAACGUCUAACAGAAAAGUAAUAUAUUUUGCAAUAUGUAGAUACUGUGCAUACUCACAUACUGUACAAUGCCGUGAACCAUGAAACCAAAAGCUUUGGUAAAAAAGUUUGCUAUAUCUUUUGUUUUCUCGCUGUUUGUCGUUUUCUGCCCGCACAAAUCUCGCAGUCUCCUCAAAAGUAAAAGCUCCUUAGAAUAUGUUUCCUCCAGCUGCUCUGCAUAUUUUAAAGCUAUUUCUAGAGCUUUGUGUUCUUCGCUAUGUGAAAUUUUCUGUGCACUGGAAAGCAGCGUUCAGGAACAAAGAGAAAGUCCGGUCAUCGACCUGUCGUCUGGCAAGCGACUACAAAGCUUACAGUUAGAAAAAGGAAAGGGGUUGCGAAGCGCGGGGCACUGCUGCGCCCGUACAGUCAGGUAUGAUGGAAGGGGCUGCUUCGUGAACAUCCUACUAUGGAAAAUCAUGUUAUUGUACUAUACAUGACAUUGCCCCAGUGGGUCGGAUAACUCGAAAGGAUGGAUAAGCGAAGGUCGGAUCACCGAAACUCUUCUAUGUACCGUAAACGGCUAGCGUUCCAAAAUAUGACUAUAGAACAUUAUACAUAUAAAAUAAUGUAUAAUUUUCAAAAAAUCAUAGUACAAAAUGCAAGGCUGACUAUUUGAUUGGUGCAAUUUUACAAUAUAUUACAAUUUAAACACAAAAACAAAAUAAAA